AUGAAUUGGAAGCGGCUUUAUACAGGUGACUCUUGCCUCACAAAUAUUGCCACUAUCCAACAGCAGGCCAAUCAGAAGGAGAGGUUUCGUCCUACGUUUUGCGCUGAAUGA